UGGGAAUUGAGAUUGGCAUGAAAACCCGUCUUGCGCCGUAGUCAGUCACUACUUAAAGAAAUCCAACAGUCCUUUUUCCAGAUCUUGAAUAAAACAUUUCACAUUUUAUUUUGCCUUUCUCCCCUACAUCACACGUCCGUCCAGCGCACGCGCCUCUCCACACACAAGAAAACACAAUCAUGCCUUGUGGUAGUUUGAGCUUAAAUGGCGAAUCUUUGCCAACCUUUGCUCCGGCCUACUCAAGAGCAAAGGGCAUCUUUACGAACACUACCGCAGUCGGCAUUACGUAUCGAGUUGCUGCAUCUCAGGUCGCCCCUCUCGUUCCUGAUGUUCUUGAGCUAGAUGAAGAGCCACUCAUGACGUCGUUGUUUCUUAACUACGGAAUGAGCCCGGUUGGAUCGUACAGCGAGUACGCUCACCAGGUCGAGGUGACUUACAAGGGCAACAAGUAUCACUUCAAUCUCCUCUUCAUUCUGGACAACGACGCCGCCAUAUUUGCGGGUCGCGAGCUUCUUGGGUUUCCAAAGGUCUAUGGAAAGACCACGAUUGAGCAAUUUACCGGCAGCCGGCUUGUCUUGGGCGGUACAGAACGGCCAACUGGACGACAGAUGGUCGAGUUUGAAUUCGUUCCCGAACAGCUUGUGUCCAGCGCUCCUCCACCAGAUAGAUGGAUGCUCAACCUCCGCAGUAUCCCAUCGCCAUAUUUUGGACAGCCGCCAUCCGUUCAAGAAUUCAUCCCGUGUGGCCUGGGAAUGAAAUGCGACGAAGUCUGGUUGGGAAAAGGCCACAUCAACUUUCCAAGGAAGUCAACCUCUGAUCCCUGGGUGAAUUUGGACAUUUUGAGAUACGAGGGA